CAUUAGUUCCAGCUCUAGUUUUUGUUGUUGUUAAAUUAAAGCUCGGAUGUGAAUUACAAUAAUUGUGAGUAGCGUUCGUGCGUGCGUAAUAUGCGAAUCGACUGGCAUUCGGCAUUGAGUUUUGUGUUUUGAUUCCUGAAUCGAGUCAGGACGUAUCUGACCUGCUUUUUCAGUGUGCGUUUACGAUGCUGAUUCGUAAUUGUCCUUUGUAUACGUUGUGUACGCGCUGCUCCUCUCUCCUCUCGCUCUCCCUCUCCCGCUCUCCCUUGUCUUGAGUGUGUGCGCCUGCUGUGUGCGUGUGUGUGAGUGAGUGAGAGUUCCAUGGUGGGAAAAUAAUUAUUAAAGCAAAUACAACAAAUACAAUUGCUUAGUAUUUUGUCAAGUGACUGGCUGGAAAAGCCAAGAAGCACGGGCUUCAAGAAAAAGUGUCGCCGAGGCGGAUUAAACUUGAAUUCUUUGUGCGCAGCUGCAGGAACGUCAAGAUGCGUCAGUUUAACAUCUCGGUCAUUGGACUAUCCGGGACCGAAAAGGACCGCGGGCAGGUGGGAGUGGGCAAGUCAUGCCUGUGCAACAGAUUCAUGCGCCCGAUGGCCGACGACUACUUCAUCGAUCACAUAUCAGUGCUUAGCCAAAGCGACUUUAGUGGCCGGAUCGUGAACAACGACCACUUCCUUUACUGGGGCGAUGUGCGCAAGACGACGGAGGAGGGCGUCGAGUACCAGUUUAAUAUCAUCGAGCAGACGGAGUUCAUGGACGACUCCACGUUCCAAGCCUUUAAGGUGGGAAAGAUGGAUCCAUACUCAAAGCGGUGCACGGCCACCAAGGUCUUCUCCGCGGAGAAGCUAAUGUACAUAUGCAAGAAUCAGUUGGGCAUCGAGAAGGAGUACGAACAGAAAGUCAUGCCCGAUGGCCGGCUCAGUAUCGAUGGCUUUGUUGUCGUCUUCGACGUUAGUCCAGUGCCCAAUCGCAGUGUGGAGAAGCAGGUGGAGUUCGUGCAGAAUGUCAUCGCAACCAUACUAAAGAACAAGAAGCCACUGGUGCUGGUGACCACAAAGAACGACGACGCUUAUGAGUUGUAUGUUCGAGAGGCGGAGAAAAUUAGCCAGCGAAAGGACUACAAGAGCACUGUGCAGCUAAUCGAGACGUCGGCCCACGAGAGCAUCAACAUCGAUUUGGCAUUCCUCCUGCUCGCCCAGAUGAUCGACAAGGUUAAGAACCGUGUCAAGAUCAUCUCCUACCAGGAGUCGGCCAAGUCACGCAAAGAACUGCUGGACACACGAUCCGAGGCGGUGACGCGACUAAUACGCAACCAGAUCACCGACUAUCACGUCCUGUGGUCGCAGGGCUCCAAGAUGCUGUCACAGUAUCGCGAGUGGAACGAGUUCCUCAACAUAUUCGGCCACGAGGCCGGCCAAAAGCUAUUCCGGCGGCACAUGAAGAAGCUGCGCGACGAUCAUCUGAACAAAAAACUGCAUCAGUACUUGGAUAAGUUUGCCCUGGCCCUGGAGUACCUGCUGCCGGACAUCGGGGCUUUGAAUAUCAGCGAUGACGAUGCUUGGGAGUGCGCCAGGAACUAUCUGCAGAAUCACAUCGAGUUCGAGCAGUACUUCUUCGAGUGCCCGCAGGCCUCGUGGACGGAGCUGGUGGACAUGGACGAGGCGGAGGAUGAGGCCCGCAUUCCCUUUGAUGUGCUAGAGACUUCCGAGGCAGAGACUGUCUUCCGUAACUACUUGAACUCGGUGCAGCAGGACAAGAAAAAAAUUGGAUGGAAGCAGCAAUUCAAAAUGCUACUUGAGGAGUCGGGCUUUGUGACGCCCGGCAAGCAGCUGUCGGAGGUGCGCGUCCUCUUCAUGGGACGCGAAUGCUUUGAGGCGCUUUCGGAGCACGACUGCCAGCAGAUCUACGACAUUCACCAGGACGACAUCAUUGAAAAGAGCAAACAGAAUUUUGUGGAGCUGCUGCUGGAACAUGCUCAAUAUUUUCUACAGUUCAAGAACGUUGACAACAUCACUCAGGAAGAUGUGCGCCAGAUAACCGAUGUCAUACAGGAGGAUUCACGCUACAAGAUGCUCGAUCGCUUGGACCAGGAGCGGCGGUUGAUGCUUGUCCAGCACCUGCGCUUCAUCCACUGCCCCAUCCGCGAUCACUGCCCAUUCUUUUACAACUGUGUGGAUAGCCUGAUUGAGGAGGUGUUGUCCGACAAGUCGGCCAGCAACCACAAGACGCCCAGCGGCGGUGGCUGGAAGAGUUCCGGCAGCGGCAGUGACCGCACGCUCAAUCUUCUGAUCGUGGGCUCCGAGCACCUGGCCAGCGAUCUGCUCAACGACAUCCGCAUAUGUACCGGUAGCAAGGGCGAGUACAUCUACGAGAACCAGACGUAUUAUCUCAAUUACCGAAUCGCCAACGGCGACAUGGAGGCCUUCAAGGCCAUAGAUGUCUACUCGAGUGGUCUUAUUUGCGUGUACUCCAAUCAGCAAUCUUUUGAGACGCUCAAGGAUAACUUGGAGCGCACGUUGCUCUGCAACCUGGAGCUGGAGGACAAGUUCGAGAAUCUGCCGAUCGUGCUGGUUUACCAGCCACAGGAUCUCAAGGAGAACGAGGUGGAAUACUUGCGCAACGAGGGCAUGCGCCUGUCGGAGAUGCUGCACUGCGACUUCAUCGAUCAUACGCAAAAUCAUCAGAAGUAUGUCUAUGAUAUACUUAACAUAGUCAUCCUGUCGCUAAAGCUGACUGAGAUGAAGAGCUACGAGCCGUAUCCCUCCAAUCACACCGACCUGCGCAUCCUGUGCUGCAUCUUUUGUGGCGAUCAGUAUGACAUCGAGAACAUUGUCCAGCCGCUGGUGGAGGAAUCGACGCUGGUCAAGGCCAACGAGCACUCCAUCAUUGUCGACGUCUUUAUUGGCGAUGCCAAGCGACGGGUCGAGUUUAUACUUUCCUCAUAUCAUGGCACUAGCCAGUACCGCGAUGAACUAAUCCAUGGCUAUAUUUACUUUUACUCGACCAAGCGUCGAUCUUCGUUGGCAAAUCUAAGCAUCCUGGCAGCCCAGAAUGCCAAUAUUCCAUUGCAGAUUAUCGCGGUGACCGAGAGCGGGGGCGUUAAUGCGUUCUUCAACAGCGAUAUUUGCCAGUUUCUGAUCACCGAGGGCAAUGCGGUGGCCGAUCGCUUCAAGGGCAGCUUUAUGACCUUCUCGGCGGAUCAAUAUGUCAAGUUUGCGUUCUAUAAUCCAUUCCUGAAGACAGCCUGGGACAACAAGUACGAGGUGGAGAACCUGCAUGUGGAGGAGUCAAUUACUUUGGAUUCGGGCGAGGGCACGCUGGAGAACUCGGUUAAUCAGAUGCCACGCCCGCCGCCGCGCCACGAGAGCUACAUGCUGUCCAAUACGCUGGGAACCGACGGUUCCGGCAGUGAGAAUUACGAAAUGGCUCCAACCCGAUCUCUCAACUCAUUAAAUGAAGAAAGAGAUAUAUCAUUAGAUGAAAUCUACGAUGACAACGAAAAGCCGAAGCACCUGCAUCAAACGGAUGUCAGCGGGUCCAAGGAUUCACUGGCCACCCAUGAUGCAGAGUGGCUGGAGGACAAGAGCGAUGGGCGACGCAACAUGAACAAGAAUUUGAUUUGGAACAACUUCAGCGGAUCCACACAUGCCUACACCACCGGUCGCCGUCACAUCGACUCCAAUUUGAACAAAAUCCGCCCGAAGGGACCCAGUCAAACGCUCAAAGUGGGCGAGGCGCCCAGUCGCAAUUGCCCGGCCAUGAGCUCCUCCACCUUCACCCUGCCCACGCAGCAGCCGGGCAAGCUGAACAUGAAGAACUUCCAGCUGGUCAGCGAUGCGGUGGCCAAGAUGAAUUUCACCGGCUCCGGUUCGGGUUCGGGUUCCGGCUCGGGAUCGGGCAGCACUGGACUGGGCCUGGGUCUGGGCUCCGGCAGUGGCUGCAUGGGUGAUUCGUUUUUGGAGCCGGUCGACAAGGACGGCAAGCGCUACGAUCAUGCCCAAUUGGAUGGCGAGGAUGAGGAUUCCGAGGAGCUCGCCGAGUACGAGCAGAUCUACGAAAAUGAAGACUGCACCGAAUCGGACAGCUGUGCCAGUUCCACGGAGCGACGGGUGCGCCAGCAGAAUGCCUACUAUAAGGCCAGCAAGAAGCCGGUGGCCGCCAAGAAGCAGAAAAAGAAGAAGGUGGCAAUUCCGGUGCAGACACCGCGUGUUCCUCCGUUCGGCUCGUAUGUGAGUCCGCCGGAGAUUCCGCUGCACUACCAGCGCAUGGCCGUUGGCGGCAGCGGGCCAGGUGAGAAAAAGAAACCAGAGCCAUGUGUUCCCGAGUUCAUGAAGAGUGACAAGUCGCCAGAGUAUUCCAUGGUGCCAGAACUGGCGGGUGCCGGCAUCUUCGGUGCAGAGAAUCUGCCCGAGUACAACAUGAACCAGGCCAAAUGCUUGAAGGACUUUGAGAAGCUGGAGAAGCGGCGCAUCAAAGAGGAAACGGCCAGGCAGCGCAAACUACAGGAGAAGGAGAAGGAGCAAGAGAAGAAGCUCAAGCGCAAACUAAAGCAGAAUGCCAAGGGCCUGGUUGAAUCCGCGGAGGCGCAAUUCGGCAAGCUGAUGAUUACCUCCGAGCAAGGCGAGAUCCCCAUCUUCCUCAACAAGUGCGUCGAGUUUAUCGAGAAGGAGGGCCUCGACUCCGAGGGCAUUUAUAGGGUGCCCGGAAGUAGGGCGCAUGUCGACAUGUUGUUCCAACGCUUCGAAGAGGAUACCAAUACUGAGAUUGAUGCGCUCGACAUUCCCGUCAAUGCCGUGGCCACGGCACUGAAGGACUUCUUCUCCAAGCGCCUGCCUCCGCUGUUCAGCAAGGACAUCAUCAAGGAGCUGGAGGAGAUUGCCGGCUCGCGAGGCGUCGGCAAUUCCAAACUGAAUGUGGAGGUCAAAACGGACCGAAGUUGCCGCUUGAUAGCUUUAAAAUCGCUGCUCCAGAAGCUGCCGCCCAUCAACUUUGCCAUACUCAAAUACAUAUUCCAACACUUUGUGCACGUAUCAGACAAUUCGAAGCUGAAUAGCAUGGACAGCAAGAACUUGGCCAUUUGCUGGUGGCCGACACUCAUACCCAUCGACUUCACCGACAUGGGCCACUUCGAGCAGCUGCGUCCGUAUCUGGAGGACAUUGUCCAGACAAUGAUUGACCAGUUCCCGUAUCUGUUCUGCGGCAAGGAUGCUUUUGUCAUGGUCUAGGCCUAGAUCCCCGCCAGGCCAUGGCACACUUGGACUUCUACUUGACCGCCGGACGCGAAGCCAAAACGAGAUAGUUAGAUUCAAUGUGCGUUUGUGUAUGAAUGUGGGCCAUGUGCCAGUGCCAUGUGUGCCAUGUGUGCUUUGUGUUUUUUGGGUGAACUAAGGAGCAUAUUAGUAAUAGCCAUAGAGAGAAGAUAGCAGGAGGAAGCUGGAGGAGGCAGGAGGCGUUAGCAGGAGGCAGCCCAUCGAUCGAUCGAUUCAUUCAAAUGAGGAUCAGCAGCCAGGCAUAUACAUAUUUAUAAUAGUAUAUAAUAUACUUGGGUCUAUUGUGUGCAGUGUGUGAUUAGUGAUUCCUGAUUGUGUGUGCGAGCGAGACAACAGAACUUGGCUAAGUAGGGUAUAUUUAUUUUUUAUAUAUACAAUAUAUAUUUUGUAUCGAUGGCUUUGUUGUGUUUCCGUGAUAUAUGUAAACGCGUCAAGUAUUUUCUCUGUGUGGUGGUGCGUCCCCCUUGUCGUUGAAUCCAUUGAGUGAGACCUCCCCUCGCCGCCCCCCACUCCCCGCCCCUCGGCCACCGCCAGUCUACUCCUCCUCCUCCUCCUCCUCCCCUGCCAUCCGCCACCCACAAACGCUCCACCCAUCUCGAGGGGCGGGGCGGGGGCGCCAACGACAAACGCACAACAGCAAGAACAAGAAAAUGACUAAAAACUAAAACAAAACAAAAAAAGAAAAAUAAGAGAAAAAGAAAACCAAGCGAUAUAUAUGUGAAAGCAUGGGGAGAUAUCUAGUAGGAUGUCAGCAGGAAGAUGGUUAAAUAAAAUUUACUGUGUAUCUGUGUAUGUUAUAAAUGUAAUUGUAAUUGUGUGUUUAAAAUAAUGCGCGAUCAGCCAACAAAUUUUCACAUAUGUAAACACAAUAGCGAUAAUGCUAGAUAUAUGAUAUAUAUAUAUAUAUUUAAAUACCACUAAAUGUCUGUGUGUCUAGUAUAGGAGAAAGUAGGAGAGGUGGAGCCGUAGGAGCAGGGGGAGGGGGAGAGAAAGGAUGAGCGAAGCGAAGUAAGGAAUACACUAUAAACAAAAUGCAAAAAAAAAGCAACCAAUAAGAACAACAGAGCAAAAUCUAAUUUUCGAGCUAAACUAAAUGUGCAUCUCAGUGUGUGUGUCUGUCUGUAUAUGUAUGUUUGUCAUCCAACUAGAUAUACACUAUAUAAUUAUAUAGCUACCAUAUAAGCAAAAAAUGAUAAUUACUGCGGCAAAGGAAAUCUCCCACAAAAACUACAAAUAAAGUUAAUAAUAAAAACUAAAAACAAAAAACAAAUAUACAAAGCGAGCGAAGUGAAAUAAAACUCAACUUUCCCCCACACUCGAAACUCCGAUGAUUGUCUAAUUGAUAUUUGCAUUAGCCAGGCAUAUAAUCCUUAAUGUAAUACUCUCUAUCUGUCUCUCAAAAAACCAAAACCAAAUUCUGUGUGUGUGUGUGUAUGUGUGUGUGUGUGUGUGUACCGUAUCGAAUUAGUGAAAAACAACAACAAAUUAUACAAUUUCUAACCAUGUACGCAUAUAUUUUAACUAAAACCAGCGAGCAGCAGAUUUUCCACAAACGCAAUUUCCACAGGCAGAAGGAACGACUAAAAAAUGCAAAAUGCAAAUCGUAAACAAUUGUAGACAACAUACGCCUAAGUGUUAUUCCUUGUAAUUGAGUAUUAAUUUUUUAUAUACAAACCGAAACCUAAUUACAUACAUAUAUAAUUGUGUAUCUUGUGUCUGAAACGGACCUCAAACUCAAAGCAAGAAAAUAACGCGAGAUCUGUUGCCAAACAAAAGAAAACAAAACAAAAUAAAAACAGAAGAAAUAAGCACUCCAAAUGAAAUUUACAACAAAUAACGAGAGAAAAAGAAAAGAACAGAAAAACUUAACCAUUAUAUAGUAUAAUUUGUAUAGAUGUGUGUCUAUUGCAUUAUUUGUACACGUACAUAUAUACGCUAAACUGAAACAAAAACAUAAAACAUUGAAAAAAAAAACAAGCAAAUAUGUCUAAACGAAACGAAACAAAGCAAAAAAAAAAGCAAAACAAAUCGAACAAAAAAAAUUGUAAUUGACGUGAUGUGUAAUGAUAUUUUUAAAAGCAAAUUUUAUGCCACGCCCAUGCCACGCAGCCACGCCCCCUUUUCAAACCGAAAAGAAGUCUCCUCCCUCUCCCCAUCAAAAACCAAACCCUUCCCGCGCAGAAUCCAGCGAAUCCCCGUACCGCCACCCCCGUCCGAACUCCACCACUCACAUCCACGUUGCGGAUUCUGGAUGCCGGAUACGCCAAGUCAGAUGGGUGACCACCGCUCCUGGGCUCCAUCCGAUGGGCUGGUAGCGGUGUGGAGCCGCCACAACCGAAAGACGAGGAAAAACAUAAUGAAAUCAAAUCAAACGAAACAAAAGUAAUAAAUUUGUGGGCAUUUUCCAAAUAUUUGUGAAGCAUUUG